UGUCAAUUUGUCAAUAUUAUUUUGAGAGAGAUGUGUGUGAAGUGCAGUUGUUUUCAUUAACUUUUUAUUUUUAUCAGUGUGAAUUUCUGUGUUCAACAUGAGCUAUGUCAGUGAUUUAUCACAAUCUAGUGAAUACCUGAGCUUCCGAAGCAGUAUACCGUUGAGAAAAGUGGUCGUCGACUCAGACGGGGCCAAGACAUGGCGGAUAUUCGAUUCUGGUCCUAAAACAGUGAGCUGUCCUCUGAUAUGUUUACCACCAGUUUCUGGGACCGCUGAUAUAUUCUUCAGACAGGUGAUGGGGUUGUCUUCGCGGGGCGUCCGAGUCAUCGCCGCGGAGGCUCCGGCCUACUGGAACUUGAAGGAAUGGUGUGACGGAUUCAAAAGACUUAUUGACUACUUGGAGCUUGAUCGAGUUCAUAUCUUUGGUGCCUCAUUAGGUGGAUUUAUUGCCCAAAAGUUUGCAGAGUUAACAAUGAACUGCCCUAGAGUAGCAUCUCUGGUUCUUUGUAACACAUUUACGGAUACAACUGUGUUUGAAUACAAGGAUUCGGCAGCAUUAUUCUGGCUCCUACCUUCACUUGUGCUAAAAAGAAUGCUCAUGGGAAAUUUUACAACAGACAAAGUUGAUAAAAGAAUGGCCGAAUCUAUUGACUUCAUGGUUGAGAGACUGGAAACACUAACACAAGCAGAACUAGCUUCAAGACUGACCCUCAACUGCACUCCAUGCUAUGUGCAACCAGAUACUCUUCGCAACAUGCCCGUGACUAUCGUAGAUGUUUGGGACGAAAGUGCCCUCUGUGCCCGAGUGAGAGAAGACCUUUACAAAUCCUACCCACACGCCAAGUUGGCUCACUUGAAGAGCGGAGGCAACUUUCCGUACUUAAGUCGAAGUGACGAAGUCAACUUACAUUUACUUAUCCACCUGCGCCAGUUCGACGGGUCGGAGCUGUGCGCGUCGUACGUGAGCCUCCACAAGACUCGUGAGUCUCCGCAGGACGAGGCCUCCGUCAGCUACUUCAACCAGAGGGACAAAUACGUGCAGAUAUCGUAGGCUACUGGGUAAAUAGUCGGUCUUUAUACAGGUGUUGCUAAAGUGGUAAAGUAUCACCACCACUCCCUUUCGUCGUAGUAUACCACUAUUGUACAUAAUACCCUGUACAUUUAGGAAACCAUUAUUUGAAAUCCAUUGUAAAGGUGAUGAAAAUUCCAUUUUCGUUGUCGUCACCCGUAGGCUAAGCGCGACGGUCGUGAGCUGUGAUGCGAUGCUAAAAUUGCACCUAGGCGUCCUUUGUCAACUUACAUAUUAUUAUAUCUAAGUGGAGUGGUGUGCAAGGAUAAACCUAUGAGAUUGCAUAAAAACCCCGCUCCGCUUCAGUGGAUAGAAGAGUUGCUACCUAGCUACUGCCUCUAAGAUAGUAUGGCGUACCUUAAUAAAAAAACAACUAGUAAAAUCAGUGAUCCGGAACGAGAAAACGAGUAUACAUGCUCUGUAAUCCGGUCCCGGUUAUUUUAGAACCUUAACCUUAAAUAUGAAGCAGUUUGAAGCAUCUCAGAUACAUGCAUUACAUUGUAAUAAGACUGAAUCAGGAAGUAGCAUGUAGUAAUAUGAUACACUGCGGUUUCAAUGAUGCGGCAUGCAUGAUUGAAACUAAAUAUGACUUAAUACCUACCUACAUUGGUAAAAACCUGAUGUGUAACUGUAUAUAGGUACCUUCGUUAAAAAGUUUUUUAGUAGAUAGCG